AUGCCGUGGGCCGGGUUGCGAAGGGGGUGGUUGAGGGGCCGGACUGGAGACGGGGCGGGCAGGAGGCGGUGCGCUGGGGCCGGGCUGGACUUGGGGCCGAGCCUGGCAGCGGGGAGGCAGUUCCGUGGUGUCUGUUCCGCAGGUGCAGCAGCGCAGCCUGAGCAGCGACGGCUCCACGUCGUUCGGAGGAGGAGCAGAAAGAGAGAAAGCAGCGGAAAGGACCGGCAGUGCGCUGUCUUUGCGCGGAGACCGUGGCCUUCCUGCCCUGAUCUCCACCGCCCGCCUGCACUGCCCUCCUGUCCCCGCGGGGCCGGGGCCAUGUCGGGGCCGGGGCCGGGCCCGGGGGAGCCGGACGAGCAGUACGAUUUCCUGUUCAAGCUGGUGCUGGUAGGGGAUGCGAGCGUGGGCAAGACGUGCGUGGUGCAGCGCUUCAAGACGGGCAGUUUCUCGGAGCGCCAGGGCAGCACCAUCGGUGUGGAUUUCACCAUGAAGACGCUGGAGAUUCAGGGAAAGCGGGUCAAGCUGCAGAUCUGGGACACCGCUGGCCAGGAGCGUUUCCGUACCAUCACCCAGAGCUAUUACCGGAGCGCCAAUGGAGCCAUCCUUGCCUAUGACAUCACCAAAAGGAGUUCAUUCCUUUCUGUGCCUCACUGGAUUGAGGAUGUCAGAAAGUAUGCAGGCGCCAACAUAGUCCAGCUGCUGAUUGGAAACAAGUCAGACCUAAGUGACCUUCGAGAGGUUGAGCUGACUGAAGCCCAGCUCCUGGCCGAGCGUUACGAGAUCCUCUGUGCCAUUGAGACGUCUGCCAAGGACUCCAGCAACGUGGAGGAAGCCUUUGUGAAGGUGGCCACUGAGCUCAUGAUGAGGCACGGUGGGCCCGUCUUCAGCGAGAAGAACACGGACAACAUCAAACUUGACAGCAAGGAUGUGGCAGAAAGCUGGGGCUGUGGGUGCUGAUGGCAGUGGGCGAUGGCAGAGGGCAGGCCAGGAGGCAGCACUGAUGCGAAUGGAGUGAUAGACAGUGCUAAUACUGUAGUUUUCUUUGACCUAAUGCUAAGUAGUAGUAUUAUUGCAAUAACUUCUGUCCCAAAAUGGGGGACCAAUGAUUCUGUAGCGGCCAGAGCAGUUAUGAUUGUGCUUUGCUGCUUUUUUUUUCCUUUUAAAAGGGACAUAGUUAAAGCAAUCGGGUCUAUUGGUAUGGCCAUAAUGCAUAAGAGCAAAGUUUCCCUGAAGGAAGGAUUAGGGGGCAGGGUUUAGCUUAGCCUCUGAAGUCUCUUCUGGCUCCUUUGCUAUAAGGAUGACCUGUAGGCUUACUGAUUAGUUGACUUUGGUCUAGGUGCAGAAAGGAGGAAGGGAGGCCAGAGCAUUCUCCCCCUCUACCCAGCAUCCUUUGCCUGUGUCCCUUUAAAUCUCACAUUUUGGGAGUCAUCUAAGCUCCCAAAGUUAGUUGGUGCAACAAGUGGAGAGAAUUGUCUUCAGCUCUGAAAGGGAGAUGAUACCCAUUGAGAUCUCUGAGGUACCACUCCCACCUUCCUCUGUUUCCACCCAUUCGCCCCUGCAAAUCCUGAUUUCUAUCAUGGUUAUUUUGAUCAUUCAGACUAUAAUGAGGCCAAGAGCUUUUUUUAAGUCAGCUACCCAGUGGCCCACCUGGGUGAAGUGGAGUUUGAAUAGGGUUUAGGUCCUUUUUUCCCCCCCUUUGGUUUCAUACUGUUUUGAUUGCUUAGUUGUUUCCAAGUGAUUGGUCACUUCACAGUUUUCUUUUCUUGGCCCAAGGUGCAAUCUGCCCUUUGCAGGGCCAGCCCUUCUGUAAACAGAAUCGGAUGAGCAGGGUGUGGUGAGUGCCAUCUUGGCACCCAUCAGCUCAGCCCAGCCUUCCCUCUCCUCUGAGGACCCAAAGUGAGAGGGUGGGAAGAGUCCAGACUCAGACUUGUUCUAACUUAAAAAGCUUUGCUCUUUUUUCUAGUUCUAAAAACCCCUUUCCCUCCUACCCCGGGGUUUUUCUGAGGAGCAGGUAUGGAGUGUAAGGAGGCAAGGCUCAGACAAGGGCAAGGAAGGAGGAAUUCAAUUGCAAUUCCCCCAGACCAGCUAUGAUCUUGUGUUCUCUUUCUCAGAGGAAACUAGCUCCUGAAAAGGUUUAUAUUUUUAGAAGAAAUGUAAACCUGUCAAUUAAAUAGAAAGUGAAACUACCCCAGAAGCACAGAGGGAUGUAAGGCCCUUCCAAUCUGCUUUUUACUCAUGGUUAGGGGAGGAAAAGACUCAUUAUCUUGAGGCCUAGGGAUUCAGACUAGAGAACACUUGCAAAUUUGCAUUGGGAGCAGUCCCUUACACCUCAUCACUGAGUCGGUGGCACACAGGAAAGAGAUAGGGUGAAUGAUGGCACCAAACCAUACCAGCUACCUGUUAGCAGAACAGUGGGCCUUGGGCCUCCCUGAUUUCUAACAAAGUAGGGCCAGAAAUUCCCCUUUGCUCCUUCACUGCCACUCUUCAGGAAAUGGGAGGCCCUACUAAAAGGUUAGCUUUUUCUUUUCUCCAGACUCAAAUCUGCUAAGACAAUAAAAAGUUAGCUCAUCCUAUCUCCAAGUGAAAAAUGAUUUUAAAAACCCCACCCUCCUUGCGAAAUUUAUUCCCACUCUUCUGGGCACUGUAGGUCUCUUAAAAAUAGCUUUGUGAAUCCCUGAGAAGAGUAGCAUUGAAGCUGCCUUUGGGCCUCCUCACAAGCCUACUGGUGUCACCGAAAGCUGCACAGAAAUGGCCAACCCAUCAGGAGUUUUCACAUACACAGAAUUUUCUCCUUGGCCUUUAUCAGCCAAGUUCUAUACCCCUAGUCCUCUGCCCUCAUGUUUGUCCCUCUCUGGGAUGCCAACCUUGGCCUGCCCAUCACUGGCUCUCUCUUCUUCCCAGGUAUCUGAUGUUGCCCUCAUUGCUACUAGGUACUGAGCCUCCUCUAACUUUGAAACCUAGCUUCCCUGCCUCUGAUUCCUUCAGCACCCUACUUAGAGGGACAGUUUUUAAUUUUUAGUCUGUGAGGUUAAUGGAAAAUAAGAGAAGGCUGUAUCUGCUGUAUCUCCAGGCCUUAGCUCUUGGGUACCUAGUGAAUCUGGGCACAUUCUCAGGGGCCUUCUAGAGUCAGAGUGCCCUGUUUUUGUUACCUCUGUGUAGUAUUUUGAGGGGCAAAAAACUUACCACUAACUGUCUUCCCACUCUAAUAAUAUAGGCUGCUUUGUGUCCUCAGACCCUUUCUUUGGAUUUCAGGAUUAGAAUUCUCAUUAAUUCAUCCCUGAAGGAGCUAGGCUCUGUGGCAUGCUCCUGCCCUCCCUUCUAGGCUAGACCCUGGGGGUGGGUAGAAUCAAGCCAGGCUGACUGCCAAUAUUACUGAGAAAUGAUAGCAGGUUGGAAGAAUGAGCAGCUGCUAGCCUUCAGAAGGGGAAUUCUGCCAUGCUGAGGUCUGGCCCCGUUCUGGCCUCACAGAAGGCAGCUACACACAGAAAAAGGUAGUGAUGAUCCCAGAUGGAGUUCUGGUAGUUAGCUGAACUUGUCGGGGGUUGAGGGGGGAGGGGUUCUUUUCUCCUCCCAGACUUUCCCCUCUCCCUCCCCCAAGCUCCAGACUUCUCUCUCACAAGCUGCCAACAGGAGGUGCAGGGCCCUAAGAUAUCUCAACUUUCCCAGAAUCUCUACUGCCAAAAUCCUGGAUUCUGCUCAGUCAUCAAAUCUUAAUGAUUCUGAGGAUGCUUGUAGAUUAACUAGGCUGCUUACCUCUUCAGGAUGUGGGGUAGGGGGACCAGGACCUAGUGCCUAGAAACCUUUUUUCUUUCUUGGUCUGGAUGAUCAGGAAGACUUCUGCAUACGCCCAACAAAAAGUGCCUGGUCUCCACUGCACAGAAGUCACCUCUGUCUGGUCCCCAGUACAGAACCAAGUAUCUAGACUUCUUAGUCCCUCAGGUAGCAUCUGUUCGGAAGAGAGCUGCUCUAUCCCAGAUCCCUCUCAAUAGUGUAAAGUGGGAAGGAAGGGGCUUUUUUUCUGAAAAGGACCCUGCGAGACCCCCACAUCCUUGGCUGUUGCUACUACCCAUUUGAAGGUGUAAACCUGCCUGCGUGUUGGGAAAGAAAACCACCCAGAAUGGGUAUCUGGAAGCCAAAUCUCCCCCCUCUCUCAGGGUUAUUGUGAGGAAAGGGCUUUGCAUGAGAUGCUGUAACAUGGUGAACACAAUCAUUUCCUAGGACUGAAAUGGGACCAAUGGUUUUUCCUGCCUAUCUUAGCACCUACAGAUUACUGUUUCCCUAAACUGGGGAGAGUGCUAUUACUCAGACUGUCAUCCGCUGUAGAAUUCCCCUUUUUUAUGAGAGCACAAGUUGAAUUUUUGUCAGCUCACAGCCACAGGAGCAGAACCAUAGCUUGCUUUCUUCUUCUGUUGAUUUCUCAGCCCCUCAACUUUUUCUUUUCAACCCCUACACUGCUGCCAAGUUAGAGUUUACUGUGUAGCUAAUUGCAUUUGGGCUGAAGAAAGGGCUUUGGUUAAAAAUGUAUGCCUUGGCUACAGGACUUGGGGGGGGAGGCAGUAGGGGCGUUCCUGGUCGCCUGGGACAGUGAAGAAGGAGGUUUAUGGUUCUCUUGUAAAAGAGGGGGAACUCCUGGUAUCUGUCAUGACUUUUGUGGAGGAUGAUUUCAGCUUCUUGCUGCUGUUCCCUUAGUUUUGGCCUGGUCUCUUACUCUAUUUCCCUUGACAUCAUGUCUUGAAUUUCCCAUGCUGAACAGAAGUUAAAGCCAGUUUUUAACUCUCCCUCCUGCCCCCCAAAAAACCCCAGUUUCUACUAUUUCAGUGGCACCUCAGGUUUAGAAACUGAGUUACCCUUGUCUCUGACCACUUUCUUGCUUCCCAAAUCCAAUCAAAUGCUAACCCUUCAGCAUCUUUCAGAAUCUCCUCCAUUCCUUUUGGCUCCUGGCACCCCUGCCCCUCUACAGACUUUUUGAUCACCUCAAGCCUGGAUUACAGUAAUCACCUCUUAACUGGGACUCUGCUUCCCUUCUCUUCCCCCUGGGACACAUCCUACACAUCACUAGAUUUAUCUUGCUCCAGUCCAUCUGAUAUCAUUCCCCUUGAUACUCCCCAUACUCUUCAGGUUGCCUGCUGAAUCAAUCCCAGAUUCAGCCUGCCAUUCAAGGCCUUCCAUUUUUCCAGGCUUUUCCUACUAGACUCAAUCUAUUCCCAGCACUGUUCCUUUACUGAUGUUAUUUGACCCUGCCUGGAAGUCCCCCUGAUGUGUGCCACCCACUGUCUCCAUCCAUCAAAAUCUUAACCAUCCUGGAAGGCCCCGAUUAAAGGCUACCUCUUUUCCCCAGGUAACAAGACCCCCUUACCCUCCCUUUACUUAGUGGCAUUGUGUAUUCAAACUUAUCAGGUGGUGGUGGUCUUGCAUGGAUAGCUUUACCCUUUGCAAGGACCCCCAUCUCAUUUAGCUUUACCCUGGGGCCUACCACAGUGCCACACAUUGGUAGGUUCUCAGUGUGUAUUAAAUGAAUGCAAUAUACAGAUCUAAAAGGAAUUGGGAAAAUUUCAUUUCACUUGGGCCUUGGGAAGAGCAGGUGAGAAGAGUAAGGCCUUUUUCUUUCCAUCAGCAUGGUGUUUACCCAUUAGAAACUAUUGGGUAACUGCUUAAUUAGGUAAACCCCAACCUUCUUAAAUGUCCUUCCCUGUGGCACCUCCCCCACCCCCUAGAGUGAGGAGAACCUGUUCUAAUCUCUUCCUUGUUUAUAAAUGACCAAAGAGCAGGGGGAGGGGCUGCUGGGGCCAAGUGCAGCCAGCCAGGCCAGCGGGGGAGGUUUGCUGUUCUGGAAGCAAACAGCCCGAAAUGGGCACUGGCUUCUGAUGGAAUUUCAUCUCCAACCAGCUCUGACAGGCCAGGCCAGUUUGGGUUUCAAGUCAUAGUUAACGUGACCCAGGGAAGCCUGGGAUGCCUUGUCCUAGCGUCAUAUGGAGGCCUGAGAAACAUGGUUAAGAUUCUGUGGGUUUGCCUCAUUGUCUCCCAGGUGUCUGAACUGUCUAAUCUUGGCGAUCUGCUGAGAUGGCUUCUUGAAUGGCCAGGGUUUGCGUGUUAUAGUGUAUUUAAAAUAGAAACUGGAAAUUUGGGCAUUCUCUACUCUGAAGAGGUAGAGAUGGAGAUUCAUUCCAAGACUGUUGAGGGUUUUUUGUUGUAUUUUUUUUUCAUUUUUGUGAAACUGCCAUCCCCCAAAAAGAUCUGCCCUGAAUCUGGGGGACAGCAGAGAUGCUCCCAGUCCCGUAGCAGUCUUGUCUGUUGGUCCCUCAAGGGCAGGAAGUUGAGAUCCAGCAUGUAUUCUGGAUUGCCAAUGCAAGUGGGAGGGAAGAAAGCUCUUAAUUCAUAUUGAAUUCAAUUAUUUUAUUUCCAAAAUUACUUCAGAGAUGACAGUGUUGGGUGGGCACCUUUGGGGUCCCCUUUUCUCUCUCUUCUGUCACUUUCUCUGUCUCCUGUAGCUCCUCAGUCACUUUUCUCCUCAGGAGAACACGGGGAACCAUUCUUUUUUUGACUUGACCUACCCAGAUAAGGCCAAGGCAGUUUGGAAUGUGAGGCCUUGAGAGAACUUUGUAUACUUUAGUCAUGUUUUGAUAUUUUACCUUUCAUCUAUUUAUGGAUUUAUAAACUUUAUUAAUAAAAAUGUUUAUUUUUAAAAAGA